AUGUCGUACCCCGAAAUCCCGUCUAAAACGGCCCCCAAGUCCCGUUCACAACAAUCCUCGGAUCGCUUCGCCCACCCGCAUGUACGGGCGAGGCUCGAGAAGCACAUGGGCUCAAAUCUGGUCAAGCUGACGGACAAAAGCUACAUGACCGAGCUGGAGGAGAGGAUCCGUGCUGUCAACGAGGAGAAUCUCAACAAGAGAAUCUCCAGUAGGGUCCUCGACGAAAUGGAGAGACUGAAGCGACUUAUCCUAGUCGGCAAAACACCACUAAAGGAAUGUCCACCUGAGCUGUUCAAUCAUCCUGUGUUCGUGUUCUGGCGUAUGGUCAACAGAGAGGUAGCCAGGGCUUCCAAGAAAAGAGCAGACGCUUACUACAGGAAACUUAAGGCGUCACAGCGAUUCGACCAGUCAUUGGAUGGAGAAUCUGAGACCGAAGUAAUCGAAGAAGAAGCUGAGCAACUGACCUCCGAACAAUUGCUAUCAAGAUGCCACCAAGAGUUGGAAGAACAAAAACAACUGGACAUCGAACGAGGCGUGCGUUUCACCGACGAGCAAUUCGCACAGCUAAAGUAUGAAACGCACGAUGUGAAAACGCUUAAAAACCUCACUACAGUUGAAGAAUUGUAUUCACUAGCGGACAAGAUUAUAGGAACGAAACGCCUUUAG